AUGGAUCUUCCAUCAGAUUCUUGCAAGUACAUCACUUGGCACAAGGUAGAACAACACGGCAUUCAAGGAAGUCAACUGCGUUGCCCAAGAAUACGAGAAGGGUCCUGUGAAGAAGACUUGCUUUGCAAACAGGUGAGGUAUACCUUCCCUCCAAAGAGAAGAACCCUUGAAAAAACUAAAUGGGAGACAUGGUUACAAGAAAACUGGGAAGAAUGCACGAAUUUGAACCUUUCAUUUCAAGAUUUGGGGGACACUUAUCAAGUUGAAAAUUUUAAAAGGAUUCUUAGAAGAUUAAUUCGAGUUGAAAUUCUCUGGUUAGUGGACAAUUCACUGGUGGAUUUAAGUGCCAUAAGGUUGCCAAGCUGCAGAAUUUUAAAUAUGAACAAAAACUAUCUCACAUCUUUCAAACAAUUGCCAAAGAUACCUCAGAUACAGCAUUUAUCCCUGGCUGAAAACCACAUUGAGACCCUGGCUGGACUCUCCAAUUUGCAGUACACUCCAUUAGAAUCUCUUAUACUCACCAGGAAUCCUUGUGAAUUUCACCAAAAUUAUAGAAAAAGAUCCUCCAUUAAGAAAAUAGCACAGUUCAAAAGAGAAAAGACUUACCGAUAGGACUGACAGUGUGCCGGUGGGGUAAUGGGUGGCCCCAUUUCCUGGGACACCCACAGGCAAAGUUUUCUGGCCAUUUUCUAAAAAGUGUUCUCCUGCUUGCCAAACUUAAAGAUGCUGGAUGGAAUCUUGAAGCUACCAGAAGACUGUUCAUCACCAAAACCCAAUAUUUUUUCAAAAAUAUGUACUAUAGCCUAAUGCAAUGUCUAUAAAAAGGAAGCAGUCAUCACUACUGCUAAAAUAUAAUAAGUAAAGGAAAUGCAUGAUUAAAUAUUUCACUUUAGUCAAGGUCUUCUCUGGAGGAGCUGGACGUGCAGCACUUCCUACUCCUUGAGCUCGACAUGCAAAAAAGACUUGCUUUGACCAGUGAUAUAUCGUGAAUUUGAUUUAGGUCCCUUGUAGUCAGACACUCUGAGAACCUGUUUGUAUUUUGUCACAUUUUCCUUGUGUCACAGCAGUUGGAAAACUUCCAGAAUAAAGAUGCUCCACUAGUAUUUAGGCUCUGCAGUGACUGCGGAGAGGUGGAAGGCCAGCUAUUCUAUAGAAGACGUAUGAGAGAAAUGAGGUCCGUGGCAUCACUCUUUGGGAUUUCAUGUUGUUACAUCAUAGCCUUGCCUCUCCCAAUUGGCACUGUAAGUUUAGAGACUGUACCAAGCCUUAUUUAAUGAUGUGUCCCUCUCCCAAACAGUACAGUAAAAUUUCAAUAUGGUGAAUGGAUGGAAAAAUGACUAUUAUAGGAAAUUGUACAUGGUUAGCAGAAUUACGAGGCAGAAAACAAAUACUAGAGUUCAUGUCAAGUUUUUAAAAAACUAGUUAGGGUAACAGUAUUGGAAGUAGACAUUAUGUGGGCAUGAAAAAUUGGGAAGAUAUUCCAAUCUAUAAGUGUCUUGUUUAAGUUAAUUUAAAUUGGGUUUUCUGGUACUUGCAGGCAAGACAUUCUGACAAGAAAAAUCAUGGGUUUCGUAAUAGAGGAUCAGAGGUGCUGGGCUGUGCACUUAACUCUGGGAAAGAAUGGCUCUGGUCACUAGCAAGGAUCUUGAUGUAUGCAUAUAUAUUCCUAAGAUCCUGCCUGUGCAGAGGUUAAAAUCUCAUAUUCUAUUUGGAAUGGGUACAGUUUCUUGGGCAGUGUGGCCAAAGGGGUUGAUUUAAGUUGCUGAAGAGCAACUGAAUAGAGGAAGGUCUAUGAACUGAGUAACAUCAGACCAAAAAUUUAGUUUUGCCUACUUUGUGUAGUGGUGGGAGCUCCAGCAGUAAAUAGUGGAGACAUAUUCAAUAAUGGCAUUACUAAGUAUAUCUGCUCACUUGAUCUUUGCCGUUUUUGUUAUAUAGGCUUAAAAUUUCCAUAAAUAUAGCUUCAUUGCUGACAAAAAUCAUGCAUAUUUCUCAAUACAGUAUUACUACAGUUAUGCUAAGGCUACAGUAAAGAAUGACUCAGAUCUCUAGGCAUUUUCUUUCUCACAACAAUUGAUUUACAGAAUAUUGGGGAUAAUAGGGGAAAUAGACAAUCAUAAUGAAAAUAACUCUGCCAUCUUAAAACAAUUCCAGUGACAAAUGUUUACUUAAAAAAAACUUACACAUAGUCUAGCACCUCACCAGCUCUAAAAUGAAUACUUGUAUCUACUUUACAAUAUUCAGUAACAAUUUUCCAGUUCAUAUUUGAAUAUAUUGAAUUGUUAGAAUCCUAACCUUUAGGAAAUUUUCUUUGCAUUGUGUUGAUCAUUUGCCUUCUGCAAUUUCCUUGCAAUUUUUCAGAUUUAUCAAAUUAUUUAAUUAAUCCCUUAAUGUAGAGAAUUUUCCUCAGUUUCAAGGUUCUUGAAAGUACCAUGAUAUUUUGUGUUUUAUUACAUUGGAAAUGUGAACAGUUAAACUAUGACUCUGUGA